AUGGGAGCCAUUCGAUUUGCAAGCCUUCUACUCCUUGCCGGGGCAAUUUGGUUACAGGCGAAGUUUGGUGCCGAGGCAGCCGGCACGACGGUGUUCACGCUGCACAACAACUGCACCCAGACGAUCUGGCCGGCCACAUUGUCCGGGAACAGCGCGGCGGCCGUCGGGGGCGGGGGCUUCGAGCUGUCGCCCGACGCCACGGUCUCGUUCCCGGCCCCAGCAGGCUGGUCGGGCCGCCUCUGGGCGCGCACGGGCUGCGUCGCGUCGCCGUCCCCGUCCCCGUCCUCCCCCUCCCAGCUCUCGUGCGCCACGGGCGACUGCAGCGGCGCCGCGAGCUGCUCCCUCGGCGGGGCGCCGCCCGUCACGCUGGCGGAGUUCACCCUGGGCGGCGCCGACGGCAAGGACUUCUACGACGUGAGCCUGGUGGACGGGUACAACGUCGGCGUCGGCGUGGCGGCGACGGGCGCCAGGGUGAACCACGCGACGUGCGGGUACGCCGGCUGCGUCGGGGACGUGAACGCGCUGUGCCCGCCCGAGCUGCAGAUGUCCGGGACGAAUAAGGCCGCGGCGGGAGGGGGAGGGAAAGGGGAGGGGGCGCCGACGGUGGCGUGCCGGAGCGCGUGCGAGGCGUUCGGGACGGCCGAGUACUGCUGCACGGGCGCGCACGGCGGGCCGAGCACCUGCGGGCCGACCAAGUACUCGAGGCUGUUCAAGGCGGCGUGCCCCGCGGCCUACAGCUACGCGUACGACGACCCCACCAGCACCUUCACCUGCGGCACCGGCGCGCAGUACCUCGUCACCUUCUGCCCGGGCCACCAGUAG